AUGGAGUUCAGUUACCUGACUUCCACUGCAUACGAGUCUGGGAUGGACACUGGCCGAACCUCUAGCCGCUCCACGGAGUUCAGCUCCUGCAGUCAGCCCUUCAGCUUUCAAUAUAACAGGUGCAAUUUAGGAAACACAACCAGUUGCCAUUUCAUUGCGCCUGGUUCUCAUCAACCCUCACACUACAUAACAGUUCAUCAUAAUCUUCUGGGUUAUGAACGAGGCGUCCAGGAGAGACGCAAACAAAGACGCGUGCGCACCAUCUUCACGAGCCCGCAGCUGAAAGCGCUCGAGCGCGUGUUCUCACAGACGCAUUAUCCAGACAUCUACACGCGAGAGGAGCUCGCACAGGAGAUCCACCUUACUGAAGCUCGAGUUCAGGUCUGGUUCCAGAACAGGCGCGCUAAAUUUCGCAAACAGGAGCGUGCAGCUCCAUGGAUUGAGUCAUCUUCUAAAGCAAACCGUUCACCUUCCCUCGACAGCUCCAAAACGAUGACAGUCCCUGACCCAGACAGCACACAACCCACCCUUACCCGAAACCCAGACCACAAACAGGACAACAGCAAUCUCAGAGAGGACCAGGCUCCAGACGAAUUGACCUUGUUCGCACAGAGGUCAAGAGGUCACCAAACUCACUGUGCAGCAACUCCCUGCAUGUGUUGA